UCUCUCUCCUAAUCACAAUGACCAACUUCAAGUGGAUUGUUGCCGCUGCCGGCCUCCUGUCUGGACAGGUCCUGGCUGCCCCUACUGCCACUUCUACCCAUGCCAAGCGCGCAACCGUCAGCGACGCUGCGUUCGGCUAUGCUAGCAUGAACGGCGGCACCACCGGUGGUGCCGGCGGUACUACCACUACCGUCUCGUCCUACGCUGCCUUUACCUCCGCUGUCUCUGGCGAUGACGCCAAGGUCGUCUACGUCGACGGCACCAUCAAGGAGACUGCCGACCAGGUCAAGAUCGGCAGCAACACCUCCAUCAUUGGCAGGGACGCCAACGCUAUCCUUGAGGGCUUCGGAGUUCUCGUCAAGGAGAAGGAGAACGUUAUCAUCCGCAACCUCGGUGUCACCAAGGUCCUCGCUGACAACGGCGAUGCCAUUGGUGUCCAGUACUCCAACAACGUCUGGAUCGACCACUGCGAUGUCUCCUCCGACCGUGACCACGAUAAGGACUACUACGACGGUCUGAUUGAUAUCACCCACGGAUCCGACUACGUCACCGUCUCCAACACCUUCAUCCACGACCACUGGAAGGCCUCCCUGGUCGGCCACUCCGACAGCAACGAGGACGAGGACAGCGGCCACCUCACCGUCACCUACGCCAACAACUACUGGUACAACGUCAACUCCCGCGCUCCCUCUUUCCGCUUCGGUACCGGCCACAUCUACAACAGCUACUACCUUGACGUGAGCGACGGCAUCAACACCCGCGAUGGCGCCCAGCUGCUCGUCGAGUCCAACCAGUUCGUCGACUCCAAGAAGGCCCUCUACUCUACCGAUGAUGGCUACGCCGUCUCCAACGACAACGACUUCGGUGACGCCAAGAGCACUGCUGAGGAGGGCACUCUGACUUCCAUGCCUUACGACUACACCCUUCUUGGUUCUGCCAAUGUCAAGGCUGCUGUUGUCGGCACUGCCGGUCAGACUCUCACUUUCUAA